AUGACUGAAUUGGAGAAGAAGGAGUUGUACAUUCAAGUUUUAAAAGAAGAAUACGACAGCCGACUUCGCUUUUACAAAACACAAUUGGAUGCUGCUAAUGACAAAAUUCAACAUUUAGAACACCCCGUUGUAUUUAAAGACAUCAAACGUGAUUUGUUAGGCUCAAAAGCUUUUUGUGACCUUCUUGCAUUGAACGGGUUAAAGUUUGAAGAUGUUGAAAAUUACAAAUUGACCAAUGAAAGUGUCGAUUUGAAAGAACUUAGAGAACAACUGAAAGCCCGUGGGAUCACAUCAGAGAUAUAA